AGCUCGCGCACCUCGUGGUGCCGCGGGGCGGAGGCGAGCGGAAUCGCCAAGAGGGCACGACACUGCUGGUGCUGCUGCAAAGCUCUCCUGCCCGGGGAGUGCUGGAAGUGAUCAGUCAUGGCAGGCGAUGCCAUCAUGGUGAUGCGAGGACUGGCAAAGCUCAGCAAGGCAGUUCUAGAAACACAGAUGGUACAGCUUCGGCAAGCUGUCCUUGGUGGCGAUGCAGUAACCAUGGUCAAGAGCUUCCAGGCCACUGCUGAAGAGCAGUUCAGUGCUGCCAUGGGGAAAAUGCAGGAGCUGGGCAAGCAACAGGAGAACAUGAAAGAUAUUGGUGAGGACUUUGGAAAAGACGAGGGCUUCUCUGAAUCGGAGCUUGGAGGUACUGGAGAGGACUUCUACCAUCCCCCUCUAGAACACCCUCCCAAGUCUGGUGGUGCAGAGGGCCCAUCUCACUCGUACGUUGCCAGAGGACCUUUACCAAACGUCGGUGAGAGCGGAGACCCUAGUGUGGGUUGGAACCCCAUCUCUGCCAAAGUGAAUGCAAAGCUCUUUGGAGGCUUUAGGGACCCUUUGAAUCCUUCUGCUCCAGCUUGGGGGCAAAGCCGGGCUUUUCACCAAGACCAUUCCUCGGUGGGCGGACUCACGGCCGAAGAUAUUGACAAAGCCAGGCAGGCGAAAGCAGAUCCACAACAGAAACCGUACAAACAGAUGCUCAGUGAACGUGCCCGGGAGCGAAAGGUGCCAGUUACUCGAAUUGGGAGACUCGCUAAUUUUGGAGGCUUAGCUGUUGGUCUUGGCAUCGGAGCCUUGGCAGAGGUUGCGAAAAAGAGCCUUAGAUCCGAAGAGCAGAAUGGCAAAAAGGCUGUUAUGGAUACCAGUCCAUUUAUGUCGGAGGCCAAUGCAGAGAGAAUUGUGAGGACCCUCUGCAAGGUUCGAGGAGCAGCGCUGAAGCUGGGGCAGAUGCUUAGCAUCCAAGAUGAUGCCUUCAUCAACCCUCAUCUGCAGAAGAUUUUUGAACGUGUCCGUCAGAGCGCAGACUUCAUGCCGUUGAAGCAAAUGAUGAAAACUUUGAACAAUGACCUUGGUCCCAACUGGCGUGAUAAGUUGGAGUUCUUUGAAGAGCGACCUUUCGCUGCAGCUUCGAUUGGACAGGUUCACCUGGGGCGCAUGAAGAACGGGAAAGAAGUUGCCAUGAAAAUCCAGUAUCCUGGAAUAGCCCAGAGCAUCAAUAGUGAUGUCAGCAACCUGAUGACUGUCCUGAGCAUGAGCAAUGUUCUCCCAGAAGGUCUCUUCCCUGAGCAUCUGGUCGAAGUGCUGAGCAGAGAGCUGGCCCUGGAAUGUGAUUACAAGAGAGAAGCUGCCUGCGCUAAGAAAUUCAGGGAGCUGCUCAAGGACCACCCCUUCUUCUAUGUCCCUGCCGUGGUGGACGAGCUGUGCAGCCCACAUGUCCUGACGACAGAACUGGUGUCUGGGUUCCCGCUGGAUCAAGCCCAAGAACUCAGCCAGGAGAUAAGGAAUGAGAUCUGCCACAACAUACUCAUUUUGUGCCUGCGAGAAUUGUUUGAGUUCAGAUACAUGCAGACGGAUCCAAACUGGUCCAACUUCUUCUAUGACCCAGAAUUGCAGAAGGUGGCGCUUCUGGAUUUUGGAGCAACCCGGGGUUUUGAUGAGGAAUUCACAGACCUCUACAUAGAGUUAAUCAAAGCAGCUGCUGACAUGGACAGAGAGAAGGUGCUGAAGAAAUCAAUAGAAAUGAAAUUCCUAACUGGCUAUGAAAACAAGGCUAUGGAAGAAGCCCACUUGAAUGCUGUCCUCAUCCUUGGAGAAGCUUUUGCAUCCAGUGAACCUUUUGACUUCGGCAACCAAAACACCACCGAGAAGAUACAUGGGUUAAUUCCAGUCAUGCUGAAGCACAGGCUUGUCCCACCCCCCGAGGAGACCUACUCUCUUCAUCGGAAAAUGGGAGGCUCAUUCCUCAUAUGCUCCAAGCUGAAGGCCCAAAUUCCAUGCAAGGACAUGUUUCAGGAAGCCUACAGAAAAUACUGGAGUAGAAAGGCCAAGAAGGAAUAGUAGCACAGAACUGUUGAACGCCCCCUUGCGUUUAUGGCCAAUCACCAAGGUUCUAGCAAACCACAGUGCAGUGUCUUCUCUCUCAUACCCCCCAGAACACCAGCAGCCUGGCUCCUGGAAGCAGAAUACCCGGUUCUAAGGACAGUGUUGUUCUUUUGUUGGACCUUUCUCCUCCACUUUACACUCACCUGAUUCCCUGU